AUGGCCGAUCAUAAAGACUUGAUUGAGAAACCUAAACUUAGAAUAAAUCAUGACUUUUUGGAGCAAAUGGUUGAUAUUUACACUAAUGAGAUGUAUUACAAGUUUGAGGCAGAAGUGUGUGACAGCUUUAACUACAAGUUGCAGUUUGUUAGGGAAACCGACAAUCGCCGUGUGUAUCAAAUUCAAAGAAAGAAGCUCGCAACAAGCAAAGUCCGCGAAAUCGUUUAUGACAAGGACUUGGAUUUGGUUUCUUAUAGUUGUAAAAAGUUUGAAAGCACCGGAAUCGUAUGUACUCACAUUAUCUCUUAUUUGAUGAAAUUUGAUGCUGAAAUAUUGCCCGAUAAAUACAUCUUAAAGAGGUGGACUAAGUCUGCAAAAUCGGGGACAGUGGUUGAUAAUAAAGGUAUGCAGAUAAGCCCUGACAAUUCUUAUCUUUUAACAUGGAGUCAAUUUAUCCAAUCAUCUUUGGAAUUAGUUAACAAGUCCCUUGUAUGUGAAGAAACGAGGAAGAUGUUUAUCGAUGGAGUGCGUAUCAUUAAUGAGCAAAUCGACCAAUUCAUUAGUAGCCACAUGGUUAGUGGUCGCACGGUUGCAAAGAGCUUCACCGAGAAAAAUAAUCAAAUGAGUAGUAAUUUAAUGGAUGAUGGUACUAGUGUGCAGGAUUCUUGUACUUUUCAAAAUAGUUUCAAUGAACCCGAUCAAGUGCGAGCAAAAGGGUGCGGCAAAAGGUUGAAGGGAGGAAAAGAGAAAGCAAUGGCUAGAGCAAAAAAUAAAAAAGAUAGACAUUGCCACAUGUGUUUUAAAGUAGGCCAAUCACAUGAUAAGAAAAAUUGUCCGGCACUCACAAAUCCGUAA